AUGACUGCACAAGGGUCUCCUGCUAAAAUAAAGGAAUUACGUUUACCUAUGUCAAGGGUAAAAACAAUUAUGAAAAGUUCUCCUUAUGUCGAUACAAUCGGUCAAGAUGGAUUAUAUCUAGUCACAAAAGCUACGGAACUAUUUAUACAUUAUCUAACGGAAGAGGCACAUUUGCAAAACAACAAAGGAAAUUCUUUAGACUACAAACAUCUGGCAGAGGUGGUACAGACUAACGAUACAUUGGAAUUUCUCAGAGAAAUAAUGCCUAGAAAGAUCACAGUCAGACAAUUCAAAGAAAUGAUGGCUGCCAAGAAUUCACAUAGCAGUUCAUCAGAGAGUAGCUCAGACUCGGAUAGUGAUAGUGAGUCAGAUACAGAUUCUUGUUCUGAUAGUGAUGAUAGGAAAGCAGAUAAUUCAUCAAAUAGUGAACAAGAAAGUGAGACAAAAGAGAAUGGUAAAUGUGACUCCACCAGUGACAAAAGUGUGGCCAGUGAAAAAAGUGACAGUGAAGAUGAAAACAAAAGAUAGGAAUACAAAUAUUCAUUUCCAUUCAUUUUUUCAAAACACGGGCUCUCUGAUUAUUUAAAGAACAUCUUAAAC